AAUAUUAAUGUCAAUUGAUGAAGAAGUAGUGAAUUUGUCUGUUCCUAGGAAAAAAGAGGAUGCACAAAGAAAUACAUCCAUUAAAGACUUUAUGAGGAGAAAUGAUGUUCAAAAACUUGCAACGGCUUGGUAUGACAUUUUGAAAGACUAUUGCACUCGAAACCAAGAUGUAGCUGAAAUGUGUUUAAAAAUAAUUGGGCUAUAUAUUUCCUGGAUUGAUAUCUCUUUGAUUGUAAAUGAGUCGUUCAUUACACUUAUAUAUCAAUUAUUAGGAGAGUUAAGACUUCGAAUUGCUGCUUGUGAAUGUUUGGCUGAAAUUGUAUGCAAAGGAAUGAAACCCUUAGACAAAUUUGAACUGAUUCAAGUCUUGAAUCUAGCAGAUGUCAUGAGACGUUUAGAUCUCGUAAGUAAUCUCUUCGUAUAUUCUCAACUUUUUGCGGAUAUAAAUGAUAAUAUUCACCCUCAUAAAACCAUAAGUCGGACGAACAAUAAUAAACAUAAUAGCCAACCAUCGGGGGAUGCUUUUACUUGUUCACAAAAGUUCAUAGCCUAUAUAGUAUCGCGUGUAAACGCCAAGUAG